AUGCCGCGCAAAUUUCUUGUCGGAGGUAACUGGAAGAUGAACGGCGACCAAAAGUCGAUCGAUGGGAUUUGUGCUUUUCUCAAUCAGAGUGGGGAAGCAUCUGAUGUCGAUGUGAUCGUUGCACCGCCAGCUCUCUUUAUCGCUUAUGUUAAGAAACAGCUCAAGGCAUCGAUCAAGGUUUCGGCACAAAAUUGCUAUAAGGUACCUAAGGGAGCAUUUACGGGUGAGAUUUCUCCAGCUAUGCUCAAGGACUUGGGUAUCGAAUGGGUGAUUCUUGGUCACUCGGAAAGGCGUCACAUUUUUGGAGAGUCGGAUCAGCUCAUUGCUGAAAAGACUGUCCACGCACUUGAAUCUCACAUCAACGUCAUUUUCUGCAUCGGUGAGAAAUUAGAGGAAAGAGAAGCAGGCAAAACGAAAGAGGUAAACUUCCGGCAACUGCAAGCUCUAGUUGACAAAAAGGUUGACUGGACAAAUAUUGUUAUCGCUUAUGAGCCAGUAUGGGCUAUUGGCACGGGAAAGACAGCAACUCCUGAUCAGGCGCAAGAGGUCCACCUCUGGAUUCGCGAGUUUUUGAAAGAGAAGGUUUCUCCUGAAGUGGCCGAGAAGACCCGCAUCAUCUAUGGAGAUUAUAUAAUACAAGGAGGUGAUCCCACUGGUACUGGUCAAGGUGGCGAAAGUAUAUAUGGAAAGCCGUUCAAGGAUGAAUUCCAUCAGCGUCUCCGAUUUAAUCGUCGUGGACUUGUUGGGAUGGCAAAUGCCGGAAAAGAUGAUAAUGGUAGUCAGUUCUUCUUCACUGUUGGCAACGACGUUCGUGAGCUUGACAAAAAGCACACAUUGUUUGGAAAGAUUGUUGGAAAUACCGUAUUCAACAUGCUGAAGAUGACUGAAUGCGACGUCGAUGAGAAUGAAAGACCGAGAACUAUACACAAGAUCAGAAACGUCACCAUUCUCACAAAUCCUUUCACGGACAUGAAACCAAGGCAUAGACCAUUUCCGCAGGCUGUCAGAAGAGAACGUGUGAAAGAGAAAAAGGAAAAGAAACGCGAGAAAAAGCCAGUGGAGACGAAGAAGCUCAACUUGCUCUCUUUUGGAGACGAGGCUGAAGAAGACGAAAUGGAACUGGAUCAAGUGUUGAAUAAGAAAGGGAAAUCGGCUCAUGACGUGCUAUCUGACGAUGCGAAACUUAGCAAGCAAGUAGCUGUUACCGCUGAUGAGAUGGCGGAUUAUGAACCGGAAGAAGAUGCCGAGCGCGAUGCAUCCACGGUGUCGAGUAUACGAGCGAAGUUCGCAGCAAAAAGGAAGAUUGAAGAAGUGGAUGAUGAUGGGAAGGAUGAAGACUUCGAGAAAAUGAUUGACGAUGAACGAAGGAAACAAGAACGCGAAAGAAUGGAAGCUAUGCAAGCUGAACUGAAAGCCAUGCAAAAGGAGCACAUCAAAGCGCUUCGUGGACCGAAACAGAAGACAAAGGAGGAAGAAGAGGAGCAAUCAGAUGCUAUGAAACUCUACCACGGGUUGAAGUUGAAGUUCAAAUCAAAGCGAGGAUAUCGUUAG